AUGUUCCCAACCGCCCGCUGCUCCCCUCUUUUCUUCCGACUCCCCACACUUCUUUUCCGUCCCAGAUUCCAUUCCACCAUGGCCGCCCUCAUUGAAGAAGCCAAGCGCGCUGCCGCAAAGGUUGCCGUUGAGAAGCAUUACCCCCAAGAUGCCCGCUGGGUCGGUAUUGGUAGCGGUACCACCAUUGUCUACGUCGUUGAGGCAAUCAAGGCUCUCGGCGUGGACACCUCCGCCACCAAAUACGUGCCCACCGGCUACCAGUCUAAGCAACUGAUCAUUGGCGCUGGCCUGACCGCUGUCGAAUUUGACAGCAUUCCCUCCGGUACCAUCUUCGACGUCGCUUUUGACGGCGCGGAUGAAGUCGAUGAGGAUCUGAACUGCAUUAAGGGUGGCGGUGCCUGCUUGUUCCAAGAGAAGAUCGUCGCUAUGCAGGCCAAGGAAUUUGUCUGCGUUGCCGAUCACCGCAAGCUCCAACCCCGCCUCCUCUCAAACUGGAAGACUGUCCCCAUUGAAGUCGCCCCCAUCGCCGCUCACCGUGUUCUGUCCAAGCUCAAGGACCUCGGCAGCGUCAACCCAUUCAUUCGGGCUUCCGCAAGCGAAAAGGAAGGUCCUCUCAAGACCGACCAGGGCUUCUUCAUUAUUGAUGCUCCUUUCCCGCCCUUGUUGAUCAAGUCCGAUAUCGCUGCUGGCAAGGAAGGCAACGGUAAGGAUGGUGUGUGGGCAGUCCAAGAUCUUGCUCGCAAGAUCAACGAGAUCGCGGGUGUGCUUGAGGUCGGUAUCUUCCAGGGCGAAACUGGCCCGCAGGCUACUGCGGCUGGCGGUAUCGGAGGACAGCGACCCGUCGCGGCCUACUUUGGCAUGGCCGAUGGAUCGGUCUCCGUCCGUAAGGCUGAGUAG